AUGUCGAAACGAUCAUCACCAGGAUCUGAUGAUGAUUCGUCAGAAGUGGGCUCCGAAGAACCAGUCAAGAAACAAAGGCUUGUUGAAUUUGAGCCUGUUCGGAUAUCUUCAGUUAGCGCCACCAGUGAAAUCGAUGCCAAAGUUCUAGCUGUACAGCAUUACAAAUUAUCUGAACGCUUUCAAUAUAAGGAGCGUCAAAUAGCUCAAUUACAAAAACGGGUGGAACAGAUGGAAAGUCGGCAAGCGCAAGAUGAUGCUAUGUUGUGUAUUAUUAAUCGUUUUUGGAAUCGAGUACAAUAUUUCCAAUAUUUUCGAAUUGACUUAGAGUUUCAAAAUUUCGAUGAAGACGUUCGAAUUUUAUUGCAGCGUUUUGAUGCAGAAACGGCAUUAGAGGGAGAGAUAGAAAAAGAAUGUGAAGGCACCAGAAAUUUUUUGGCUAAUUUAUCUCAUUGGGAAAAUGAAGAGAUGGAAGGAAAAUUGAAGCAGAGAGUAGAAUUCAGUCGGCGAGCCAUCACUAAAUUAAUUCAAGUUUUCGAUCACAUCACCCAAAGAAAUGAAAAAAUUGCGGAGUUGAUCGCUUCCUGUUCAUCAGCCACAAAUGAAGAUGAGAAAAAGGUUUGUGGAAUGUUAGCAGUUAAUGGAUGUAUAACAAAGUGGAAUAAAGAACUUUCUGAUGAAAAUUCGAAACUUCAAAAAAUAGUUACCAAACUUCAAGCAGAAAAUAGCAGUCUUUCAUCAAAGGUUUCUGCAUUGGAAGAUGAACUCGCACUGAUGGAAACUCGUACGGAGGAAAUAAGUAAUUCAUUAGAAGAAGUAAAAUAUGAAUUAGAUAAAUCUUUACGACGGGAGUGUAGACUGGAUUAUCGUCUUUCUGAGUUCACUAUUAGUAUUUUUGUAAUUCCUUUGCAGUAUGUAAGAAAAGCGCAAGAAAUUGAAUUAAAUGGUUUAAAGGCUAUAAAUUGCACUAUUCCUGCAAAUACAACAGGCACCACAAAUAUCAGCAAAGUUAAAUUGGAAGAGUUACAACAAGAUCUUGAAACACAGACGGAGCUUGCUGCGUCACGAUUACAGGAACUACAAGAAAUGCAUGAGAAGAAUAAAAAUCUCAUGGGGGAGCUUGAGAGCCUAAGACUAAAUGUGAACCAUGUUCCACCAGAUGUUGUCAGAGAUUCUGCUGAAUAUAUUUCGCUGCAAACACAGUUCUCUGUUCUCUAUGUCGAAGCUAGUCAGAUGAGACAGCAACUUGAUGCAGCCAGAACUCAGAUUGCUGCCUUGCGAGCUGCGCAUGCUAAUCAAAUUGAAGUGAUGGAGAGUGAAGAAUGUCAAGCUAGAGAGCAAAUGCAAGAUACUAUGAAUAGGCAUGAAGAAGAAUUAUAUCAGGUUCGAAACGAAUAUGAAAUGCUUCGGUUGGAAUUUGAACAAAAUCUUUCUGCAAAUGAACAGUCAGAACUUCUUGGUUUAGCUUUAUCAGUCAUAUGGCUAUCCGGUGCUAACAAAAGGUGCUAUGGUGCAGUUAUGGGCAGUACAAAGUACAAUAGAAUUCCUCAGGAACUUAUGUCGAGUUACUUGCUCUGUGAUCUAGCAUUUUGUGUUCGAGCAUCACUACUUUGUGAACAAGUGCAGAUUUUUCCUGGACCAACUCAUCUGUUUGCUUUAUUUUUCUGUCUAUUUUUUUCAGGUCCUUUAAAUAAAGAAAUUCGUCUGAUGCUUGCAUCUGCUAAAGCUGAAAUCCAGCAACUUAAGCAAGAAGCUAAUCGGUUCAAAAGAAAGUGGAAGGAAGCUGUAUCUUCUCUUGCCAAGUGCAACAAGGAAUUAGAUACCGAACGGCGUUACCGUGAAAGGUGUUUGCUGAUCGAAGUUGAUGAUGAAAGCGAUUCAGUUGCUUCUCCUGAUCCAGAAAAAAAUUCUUCCUCCACUACUGAUAUUUUAUCCGAUGGUACCACUAUCGAUGCACUAGGCGCUAACGAAUUUAAUGAUGCAGAUGAUGAUAACUCUUCACAUUCGAGCAAAAUAAUUCAGAAACUCAAAAAAAAGAUAUUGGAAUUACAGUCAAGGUUAGAUUCGAUGAAUUCAUUAACCAGCGACCAACGAGAGCGUGUGGAGAUAUUAUCGAGAGAGCGAUUACUCAAAAAUGAAAAUGAUAAAUUACAAACUCACCUUCGAAAGCUUGUCAAAGCCGACCGUCGAGAAAAAAUGAAAUAUUAUAGCGAAGAAGCGCAGAGGAAGAUCAGGAGUCUUGAAGAACUUAACGAGCGAUUGCGCAAAGAAGCCCAUUCGGCAAAACAGGAAGAAGAAGGAUUGAUGAAUGAUGUUGAAACAACAGGACAGGCGUUUGAGGAAAUGCAAGAGCAAAACACUAGGCUACUUCAACAACUUAAAGAAAAAGAUGAUGCAAAUUUGAAAUUGAUGGCUGAGCGAAUUAGAGCAAAUCAAUAUCAGAAGAAAAUGAGUGAGGAACGGGAAAGAACCGAAGAACGAUUAAGCAGCAUACAAAAUCAGUUAGAGGCCCAACAGCUCAUGAUUGGUAGAUUGGAAGAGAAAGAGAAAUUGUUAACGCAAAAAAAUACUCAUAUUGAACAUCAGCUACGGUUAAUGGAACAAGUGGCUGAAAUGCAUAAACGUAAAGCGGUCGAAUGCGCUCAAACUUCUGCCGAUUAUAAAGCUCAAUUAGAAAAAUGCAGUGGCCAACUCAACGAUGCACAACAGGCGUUAAUCACUAAAACUACUCAACAAGAGGCUGAUAUAUACAAAAUACGUCGAUUAGAAGAAGAUAAGAAUUUGUAUAGAAAGAAAUUAGAACGUGCUAAGAAAAUUGAAAAGAUGGGUACUAUGGAUGAAGUAUUGUCAGAAGAAAUUCGAGAACUUAAGGAUCUUCUUACUUGUCCCUCAUGCAAGGUGCGAAGGAAGGAUGCUGUUUUAACGAAAUGCUUCCACGUAUUCUGUAUGGAAUGCAUGAAAACGCGUUACGAGACGCGAAGAAGAAAAUGUCCAAAGUGUAACGCUGGUUUCGGUGCAAAUGAUUAUCGAAGGAUGUAUUUCACAUAG